AUGGCACAGAACUUAAAGUUUCUUCAGACAAUUUUAAUUCUGCUACUUCAGGAUUACAUCUCGGCUGAAGAUGGUGAAAUAAGAGCAAGUUGCAGAACUGCUCCAGCGGAUUUAGUUUUCAUCUUAGAUGGCUCCUACAGUGUUGGCCCAGAAAACUUUGAAAUUAUCAAAAGGUGGCUUGUCAAUAUUACAAGAAAUUUUGACAUAGGGCCAAAGUUUAUUCAAGUUGGAGUAGUCCAGUACAGUGAUUAUCCUGUACUUGAAAUCCCACUAGGAACUCAUGAUUCCACUGAAAAUCUAAUCAGAGAAAUGGAAUCCAUACAAUAUUUAGGUGGAAAUACGAGAACAGGAAGAGCUAUACAGUUUUCGAUUGACCACCUUUUUGCUAAAUCCUCAAGAUUUCUAACUAAAAUAGCUGUUGUUCUCACUGAUGGCAAGUCCCAAGAUGAAGUCAAAGAUGCAGCAGCAGAAGCAAGAAAAAACAAAAUCACUUUGUUUGCUAUUGGUGUUGGCUCAGAAAUUGAGGAGGAUGAACUUAGAGCUAUUGCCAACAAGCCCUCAUCAACUUACGUAUUUUACGUUGAAGAUUAUAUUGCAAUAUCCAGAAUAAGAGAAGUAAUAAAGCAGAAACUCUGUGAAGAAUCUGUUUGUCCAACAAGAAUUCCAGUGGCAGCUCGAGAUGAAAAAGGAUUUGAUAUUCUUCUAGGAUUAGGUGUGAAGAAAAAGGUUAAAAAGAGAAUUCAAAUCCCAUCUUCAAAUGCAAAAGCUUACGAAAUAACAUCAAACAUUGACUUGUCAGAAUUUACAAGGAAUGUGUUUCCAGAAGGUCUUCCUCCAUCAUAUGUGUUCGUCUCCACGCAGAGGUUUAAGGUCAGAAAGACAUGGGAUUUGUGGAGGAUUCUAAGCCUGGAUGGGAGGCCGCAAAUAACAGUUACUGUAAAUGGGGAAGAUAAAACAUUAUCCUUUACUACAACAAGCUUAGUAAAUGGAACUCAGGUUGUCACUUUCACUGCACCUCAUGUAAAGACAUUGUUUGACGAAGGCUGGCAUCAGAUUCGUCUCUUGGUAACAGAAGCACAUGUAACUUUGUAUAUAGAUGAUCAAGAAACUGAAAUGAAGCCAUUACAUCCUGUUUUAGGUAUCUACAUCAGUGGACUAACCCAAAUAGGGAAAUACCCUGGGAAAGAGGAAACUGUACAGUUUGAUGUCCAGAAACUAAGAAUCUACUGUGACCCAGAACAAAACAACCGAGAAACAGCUUGUGAAAUCCCGGGAUUUAAUGGAGAGUGUAUGAAUGGCCCUAGUGAUGUAGGCUCCACGCCUUCUCCUUGUAUAUGUCCUCCAGGAAAACAAGGGCCUCCAGGCCCAAAAGGAGACCCUGGACAACCUGGGAAUCAUGGUUAUCCUGGACAGCCUGGUCCAGAUGGUAAGCCUGGAUAUCAAGGAAUAGCAGGAACUCCAGGUGUUCCAGGAUCCCCAGGGAUUCAAGGGCCCCGUGGCUUACAGGGUAUCAAGGGAGAGACAGGGAGAGAUGGUGCAAAGGGUGAGCGUGGAUUUCCUGGUUUUCCUGGAUUACAUGGGAUGCCAGCAUCAAAGGGUGAAAGGGGUCCUAAGGGAGAUCAAGGACCACCAGGAAUUUAUGGAAAAAAGGGUGCUAAAGGGGGAAAAGGUGAUCCAGGUUUUCCAGGAAUGCCAGGACGAUCUGGGGAACCUGGGAGAAAUGGGAAGGAUGGAUUACCUGGAAGCCCUGGCUUUAAGGGAGAAGUUGGGAAGCCUGGUUCUACAGGACCAGAAGGACGUCGGGGAGACUCUGGAAUUCCUGGAAUCCCUGGAAGUCAUGGAACAAAAGGACAAAAGGGUGAAAUCGGACCUCCAGGGCAACCAGGAGCAAAAGGAUCACCAGGGGCCGCUGGAGUGAUGGGACCUGCGGGAUCAUCUGGCCGACCUGGAACAUCUGGGCCUAAGGGCUAUAAGGGUGAACCUGGAAUACAAGGGAAACCAGGAUCAUCAGGAGUCAAGGGAGAACAAGGAGGACCAGGUACUCCAGGUGAACCAGGGUACCCAGGCAUGCCUGGGACACAGGGUGUAAAGGGGGAAAAAGGAAACCAAGGUGAAAGAGGUAUCCAGGGACAAAAGGGAGAAGGAGGAAGACCAGGGACUCCAGGCCAACAGGGAGCAAAUGGACUGAAUGGAGCAAAUGGAGAGAAAGGUGAGAAAGGAGAUCCUGGCAUUAGAGGCCUCAAUGGACAAAAAGGAGAAUCUGGUGUUAAUGGUUUGGUUGGACCUUCUGGUCCGAGAGGACAACAGGGAGACAGAGGGCACCCAGGGCCACCUGGAGCAGAUGGAAAACCUGGAAGGGAAUUUUCAGAAGAAUUUAUUCGGCAGGUUUGCGCAGAUGUACUGAGAACCCAGUUGCCUGUUAUCCUUCGAAGUGGAAGGUUACAAAACUGCAAUCAUUGUCAAUCCCAAAGUGCUUCUCCAGGACUUCCUGGUCCACCGGGUCCAAUAGGCCCAGAAGGUCCCAGAGGUUUUUCUGGCUUACCAGGAAAUGAUGGUGUUCCGGGUCUUCCAGGAGCUCCUGGGAGUCCUGGUGCCCGUGGGGCAAAAGGGCUACCAGGAAAAAAUGGAGAAAAGGGCAGCCAAGGAACUGGGGUUCCUGGAAUACAAGGCCCCCCUGGCCCUCCAGGUCGUGAAGGUCCACCUGGAAUGAGUAAAGAGGGACGUCCUGGAGAAUCUGGGCAGCCUGGUAAAGAUGGAGAUCGUGGAAAUCCUGGAAUUCAAGGACAACCUGGACCCCCAGGAAUUUGUGAUCCAUCGUUAUGUUUUAGUGUAAUUGUAGGAAGAGAUCCAUUUAGAAAGGGCCCGAACUAUUAA